AUGAGGGGAGGCCGCGCCAAACGGAGUGACCUGGUGGCGGCAGCCCGGGAGGAGGGCCAACCUCUCCCCCUUCCCUCCCUGCAUGGAGGCCCGCCUGGUGGGGACGGUGUCCCGGCCGGCGGCCAGCAGCCGGCUGAGGGCCGAGUCUUGGCUGGCCUAACGGGCGGUUGUGGGCAAAGUCUUCCCGCCCAGAGAAUGGGGGCAACGCGGGAGCCCGCUGUGCCACGGGGAGAAUGGGGCAACGCGGGAGCCCGCUGUGCCACGGGGGUCUCCGAGCAGGCCGGCCGCGAGGGGGGGGGGAGGGGGAGGCGGGUGCCUGACGCACAGCCGCCGCUUCCAGGGCGCCCUCCGGGCUGGCUCGUCGGGUGUGGCUGCGGCUCUUGUUCUCCACCCCCAAACCCUCCCGGCCCGGGGCCUUCCCAGCCCCGCGCUGACCCGCCUCUCCUGCCCUCUGCCUUGCAGGCUGUGGUUCUGCCCAGCCGGCGGGGGACCGCCGAAGCGCUCCAGAUCACGGUGGGCCACGUCCUGGGAGACGCCGGCAGCCCCUACCUCACAGGGCUGGUGGCCAGCGCCAUCCAGGCCGCGCACGGGGCCUCGGCCCUGUGGCUCUUCCGCAGCCUGCAGUCCGCCUUCUUCCUGUGCGCCUUCGUGCUGGUGCUGGGCGGCGCCUGCUUCCUGCUGACGGCCCUGCACGUGGAGCGCGACCAGCCGCCGCCCCCCGCCUCGGAGGAGCCCUGACGGAGGCCGCCGGAGCUGCCCUUGGUGCUGGCGGGGAGGCGGAGCCAAUAAAAACGUCCCGAGGA